AUGCCAGUCGAAACAACCAAAGUUCAGGAACAGGAAAAGCACAGCCAACAGCCAACCGCUCUCACACUGCGGUCGAUUGCCUUCUCGCACUACAACGAAAAGGCUCGCUGGGGACUCGACUACUACAAGGUCCCCUACAUCGAAUAUCGCUCCCUGCCCAUCUGCCACAUGAUCUCAAUGUUCAAGUACAAGGCCAAGGCUCGCCCCCCUGGCCCAGGAGCCAGUGUCUUUGUCACCCCUCACCUCACCGUUGAACACAACAGCAGCAACAACAAGGACAAGGAGAACGAGACCAUUAUUCUCAACGACUCGAAAAAGAUUCUCGAAUUCCUCUCGGAUCAAUAUGCAGCACCCGCCAACAGCAACGGCAAGAGUUCAGCAUCACCCAACCUGUAUUCGAACGACGAGGCAUCAAAGGCCAAGAUCCAGGCAUUGGAAGAACGGUUCAACACCAUGAUCGGUCCCCAUGUCCGCCGAGUCAUGUACUACGAGAUCCUCCUCCAUUCCCCCAGAUCCGUGGCUCGUUCCCUGGGCCAACACGACAACGCCGGCAAGUUACAGUCCUGGAUCUGGAGCCUCUUCCUCCCGAUCUUCGUCUGGAUGUUGUGCAAGGCGAUGCACAUCAACGAGACCUCGGCCGCCCGAUCGAGAGACAUUCUCAAGCGGGAGUUUGAACACCUCUCACAAGUUCUGGAAUCGGGACCUCCUGGACCAGCAUACCUUGUCGGGAACCAGUUUACGGCGGCAGAUUUGACAUUGGCCAGUUUGGGUGGGUUGGCGGUAGGAGUGACAAAUGAGGAUGGGUAUGGGGCUUGGGUGCCAAGCAUCCAGGAUAUGGCGAGACCGGAGGGGAGGAAGUUUAUGGAGGAGUUGAGGGCUACGACGGCGGGGCAGCAUAUCAUGGAGUGCUACAAGUUGCAUAGAGGACACAAGGCGCCUGGAUCGGGGUAUGGGUUUAGCUUCUUUGGUCUGUGGUAA